UUCUUUUCUUCUCACUUUAUUUCUAUUGCCUUUUUAUUAUUAUUUACUUUCUGUUAUACUUCUUUUUCAUACACUUUAUAUACUUCUUUAACAUCCUCUUCUUAUUGUUGAGAUUCAAAAUAUUUUUUUUUUCAAAAAGAUAUUUUUUUUUCCAAAGACACAAAAUAUUCUAUUCUAUACUCAAUUCAUUUAUUACUUUAUUUUAUAUAUAUAACUAUAUUACAUACAUACAACACAAUCAAAAGAAAAAGAAAAAGAAGAAAAAGAAGUAGAAGCAGUAGAAGAUUCACAAUCAAAAAGUAAAGAAAUGUAUACACGAAUUCCAAGUAAUUCCACGGCGAAUUCACCAUCACAAACCAUCAGUCCUCAUCCACGGCAACGUAGUCAUCCACGCUCUGACGCUAGUGCUUCUUCUAGACUUUCUUUUAAUGACCGUGCCUUUAUUGAGUUUACACGCUGUCUUCACCAAGCCAAGGCUAUCGUAAAAGAACUAGAGUCCUUUAGUGCAUCGAUUUGUCCGGCUGUUAGGAUAUCUGUAUACGAACCCACGGCAUUACAUCAUGACCCUCGUCUAGGCUCAGAAGUAUUUAUCCAGCAAGUAAACACAUACCUCGGAGACACUUUCCAGAAAUUUUCCAGGCUUUGCAAGAUUUUACUCAUGGUCCUCACAAAGAUGCAGAACAGCCAGCAGGUCAAGCCAGAGCGGAUAGAGUCCUUUAGAUCUGAAGUCUGGGAAGAGUGGAGAAUAGCCACAGAGAUCAAGCAAAAUCUGGUCUCAUACAUCCAACAGCAUGUCAACCAAUUCUCACAACCACAACCACAACCACAACCACAAAUACAACCAUCCAGAUCUAAUACUACCACCACCACCACUACCACCACAACUACAUCAACAACUACAAGUACAAGUACGAACACAAACACUAGCACAAAUACGAAUACGAAUACGAAUACGAACACAAAUACCAAUACCAAUACAAAUAUGAAUAUGAAUAUGAACAUGAAUACAAGUACAAGUACAAGUACAACUAUAACAAGAGGGGAAGAAGGCGGAGGGAUCGGAGGGGGCUCAGUAAGAGGAGGAGACGGUGGAAAUGAAGAUGGAAGCACAAGUACAAGUGGUAUAGGUGUAAAUGAUGGCAAUGAUGGUGCAGGAGCAAGAGUAGGAGGAGUAGGAGGAGUAGGAGGAGGAGGAGGAGGAGCAUUAUCAGCAGAGUCAAUAGCCGAAUAUCCACAAAACACAUUUAUCAACAAUACUCCUUUCAUCUAAUCGUAACCUCUUCUACGAUACAGACGGGUCUGGUAUAAAAUACCAAUAGAAGUUUACCGUUCAAUCCUUUUUUGUAAAUAUCUAUCUAUCUAUCUACUUCUUGCUCUCUAUUGGUCCCUUUCUCUUUCUCUUUCCUUUUUAUUGUACCAUACAUCCUUUCUUUUUCUUUUUUUUUAUUUCUACUUGUUCUCUACCUCUUUACCUAUCUUAUUAUUUCUGUUAUUUUCCUUGUCUUGUAUUGUCACAACUAAUAGUGAAUAUAUAAUAUAUAUAUAUAAUAUUAUUAUUUUCCCCUU